CAUAAGCCAGAGUUCAAGAGGAGCUGUCGCGAGUCCCUCUUUGUCUCACUGUUUACCUUCAUGGUACUUUGUGCCUUUCAGUGUCUGAGCUCCCUGAGUUUUUCCCCGAGUUCUGUUACUCACCCUUCUGGUCUCCUGGUAGGUUCUCUCAGUGGCGUUCUGGUUGUUACCCAGUUGUUGCUUCCUGGAUUCUUCUCCCUACAAAGGUUUUCUGGUUCAAACUUCCUGACUGGUGACUACCCUCCAUCUCCAAGCUUUGCCGGGAUCUGGACAUGAGAAUCUGUGGUCAACAGAACCAGAGUCCAUCCUCACUGUGUCUCCAUCAUGGCUGAGUCCUGGAGCCUCAGUGACUCUGAGCUGUGAGGUUAAACCUUCAUCUGCAGGAUGGAGGUUCUACUGGUAUAAAGUUGUUCCUGAUUUAUCAAAGAACUACAAAUAUGAUUCAAUGCCUGAUGCCAUCAAUGGGACUGGAGAGAACUCCUUAAUCAUUCAUGGACAGAAACAAACAGCAGGUUUUGCAUGUAGAGCUGGAAGAGGAAACCCCGAGGAUUUCAGUAAAUACAGUGAACCAAAGUUUAUCUGGUCUGCAGAUUCUCAUCCAACAGCGUCUCUCACAGUGAGUCCUGACAGAGAGCAACACUUCACUGAUGAGAAAAUCCAACUGAACUGUUCAGGAAGCUCUGCUGACUGGAGAGUUAAGAGGUUUAUAGAAUCGUACAACCAGUCAGAUUUAUCAGACUGCUCCAGCUGGGGAACAAUGACUGGAUCCUCAUGUACCUUCAGCAGUCUUGAGUAUCACGAUGCAGUGUACUGGUGUGAGUCUGGAUCAGGAGAGUUCAGCAAUGCAGUCAACAUCACUUUAAACACUCCAGAUUCACUCCUCACUGUGUCUCCAUCAUGGCUGAAUCCUGGAGCCUCAGUGACUCUGAGCUGUGAGGUUAAACUUUCAUCUGCAGGAUGGAGGUUCUACUGGCUUAAAGUUGUUCCUGAUUUAUCAAAGAACAACUACAGAUAUGAGCUGCUGCCUGAGAGCAUCGAUGGGACUGAACAGGACUCCAUUAUCAUUCCUGGACAGAAACACACAGCAGGAUAUUCAUGUAUAGCUGGAUGGGGAAAUUCUGACUUUUUCGCUAAAUACAGUGAACCCAAGUUUAUCUGGUCUGCAGAACCUCAUCCAGCAGCGUCUCUCUCAGUGAGUCCUGACAGAGAGCAACACUUCACCUCUGAGUCUGUGACACUGAACUGUGGAGGAAACUCUACUGAGUGGAGAGUGAAGGAGUUUAGAGAAUCAGGUUUCUCAUCAUGUCCAUGCACCACCUGGGUUUCAAUGACUGGAUCCUCAUGUACCAUUAACAAUGACCGGUCUUUUAAAUCAUUUUUUUGGUGUGAGUCUGGAUCAGGAGAGUUCAGCAAUGCAGUCAACAUCACUUAUCAAAAUGAAGGUCUUCUCCUGGUGAGCCCCGUCCAUCCUGUGACUGAAGGAGCUUCUGUUACUCUGAGCUGCAGACUGAGAGGAGAAAACAAACUUUCUGAUGUGAUUUUCUAUCAUAAUGACAAACUGAUCCAAAAUGACAGCAGAGGAGAGCUGAAGAUCUCUGCAGUGUCUCAGUCAGAUGAAGGUUUCUACAAGUGUGAACAUUCAGGAGAAGCUUCACCUCAGAGCUGGAUGGCAGUUAAAGAUGUUUCAAGACAUGGCCGCUCUUCAUUUCCUGUGCUGUUGGUUGUUGGACCGGCUUGUGUAGUCGUCCUCAUUGUUGUUCUGCUGCUUCUCUGUUGCUUCAUAAAGCGCAAAGGUGCAUCUGACUUGCAUGUCUCAGUGAGACCCUCUGAAGAUCCUGUAGAUGAUGCAAACGACGACCAACACAUCACCUACUCUCUCCUUGAAUUUAAAAACUCUGGAAACAAGAGUCGCCAUUGCACACCAGAAGAGGGCGCUGUUUAUUCUAAUGUGAGAGCAGGAGCUGCAGGUUUAGUCAGCAGGAACGGAAGGUCCAGUCCAGCAGCAGCCGACGCAGCCGUUUAUUCUGAAGUGAAAUCGACCUCUGGAUACUGAUGAUGCUGUUUAGGCUGAAUGUCAGUGGGGUUUAAUCCAAGAUAGUUUCAAUACUCAAUUCAGAUUAACAAGAUAUAUACUCGUAUGUAUUCAAUUGCGAAAAAGUUCAGAAAAUAAAGUAUUUAAGUCAA